GCAGGCGCAGCGGGGCCGACGACGGCUCCGCCUCCCUCCCCGCGGCCCCUCUGCGAUCGCGAGCCGUGUGUGACAGUUGGCGGCCAUGAAUUUCCUCAGAGGGGUAAUGGGCGGCCAGAGCGCCGGCCCGCAGCCCAGCGGUGCCGACACCGUUCAGAAGCUAUGUGACAGAGUAGCUUCUUCUACACUGCUGGAUGAUCGUAGAGAUGCUGUGAGAGCACUCAAGUCACUGUCAAAGAAAUAUCGGCUCGAAGUUGGUAGUCAAGCUAUGGAACACCUCAUUAAUGUGCUGCAGAUGGAUCGCUCAGACUCUGAAAUAAUUGGCUAUGCAUUAGAUACGCUUUACAAUCUGAUCUCUAAUGAUGUGGAAGAAGAGGAGCCAGCAGAAGGAUCUGAAGAGGAAAAUGUUCAAAAGUCUAGUUCUGAUGAUCUUGCAGUGCACUUCACAGAAGUUUUCAUCAAGCAUCAGGAAAAUGUAACUUUGCUGUUAUCAUUAUUAGAGGAGUUUGAUUUUCACGUGCGUUGGCCAACUGUGAAACUCCUAACUGCUCUUUUAAAAAAUCUCGGGGCACAAGUUCAGCAAAUCAUUCUUGUCAGUCCAAUGGGAGUGUCCAGGAUGAUGGAUUUGCUUGCAGACUCCAGGGAAGUGAUUCGCAAUGAUGGGCUUUUGCUACUGCAACAAUUAACAAAAGGCAAUGCAGCCAUUCAGAAGAUUGUUGCGUUUGAAAAUGCCUUUGAGCGACUAUUAGAUAUCAUCACUGAAGAAGGAAUGAGCGAUGGAGGUAUUGUGGUUGAAGAUUGUCUUUUACUGCUGCUUAACUUAAUGAAGAACAACAGUUCAAAUCAGAACUUUUUCAAGGAAGGUUCAUACAUAAAGCGCAUGAAACCUUGGUUUGAAGUUGCUGAAGAGAAUUCUAGUUGGUCUGCACAGAAAGUGACAAAUCUUCAUCUGAUGCUGCAGUUGGUUAGAGUACUGGUGUCUCCAGUGAAUCCACCUGGAGCUACAAGCAGUUGUCAGAAGUCAGCAUUCCAGUGUGGCUUGCUGCAGCAAUUGUGCACCAUCCUGAUGGCAACCGGAGUUCCUGCUGAUAUUCUCACUGAGACCAUUAACACAGUAUCUGAAGUUAUCAGAGGGUCCCAGGUAAACCAGGAUUACUUUGCUUCUGUGAAUGCACCUUCCAAUCCACCAAGACCUGCAAUUGUCGUACUUCUGAUGUCCAUGGUCAAUGAAAGGCAGCCAUUUGUUCUGCGCUGUGCUGUACUGUACUGUUUCCAGUGCUUUUUGUACAAAAACCAGAAAGGGCAAGCGGAGAUAGUGGCCACUCUUCUGCCAGCAACCAUUGACGCAAAUUCCAUCUCAGCUGGCCAGCUGCUGUGUGGAGGCCUCUUCUCUCCAGAUUCACUCUCAAAUUGGUGUGCUGCUGUUGCACUAGCGCAUGCUCUGCAGGAUAAUUCAGUCCAGAAGGAACAGUUGCUCAGGGUCCAGCUGGCCACCAGUCUUGGAAAUCCACCGGUGUCUUUGCUCCAACAAUGCACUAAUAUCCUUUCACAGGGAGAUAAGAUCAACAGACGGGGAAGCAAAGUACAAACACGGGUUGGCUUGCUGAUGUUGCUGUCCACCUGGAUGACAAACUGUCCCAUCGCGGUCACUCACUUUUUGCACAACCAGACCAAUGUCCCUUUCUUAACUGCACAGAUAUCGGAGAACCUUGGAGAGGAGGAACAGCUUGUGCAAGGUCUCUGUGCCCUUUUAUUAGGCAUCUGCAUUUACUACAAUGAAAACUCUUUGGAGAAUUCCACUAAGGAAAAGCUAAAACAACUAAUAGAAAAGAGGAUUGGAAAAGAAAUUUUCAUUGAGAAGUUGGCUUAUAUUAGUAAGCAUGAGUUGUACUCUCGAGCUGGCCAGAAACCUCAGCCCAAUUACUCCACUCCAGAACAAAUGCUAUUUGACCACGAAUUCACCAAGCUAGUUAAAGAACUGGAAGUCCUAAUAACAAAGGCUGUUCAGAAAUCCAGUGAGGAUGAGAAGAAAGAAGAGGAGGUGAAGAAGUCUCUGGAACAACAUGAUAGUAUAGUCAGUCAAUACAAGGAGCUUAUUCGUGAACAGGAUAUGCAGCUGAAUGAUUUGAAGAAACAAGUAACUGCCUUGACUAAUCAAAAUGAACAAAGUCAAGCAACAAUAUCACAACAGGCAUCACAGAUUCAGCAACUAAAAGACCAGUACAAUCUUCUCAAAAUACAAGGCAAACCUCUUGACAGUCAUCAUCACAUUCAUAAUGAAGAAGCGCAGAUCAAUGGCAUCCAACCCAAGGCUGAUGUGGAAGAAAUCGGAAGAGUACAAGAAGAGCUAGAAGAGCUGAAAAAGCAGCAUGCCAUGUUAGAAGGACAACUGGCUGAAAAAGAGUCCAUAAUUGAAAAAUUGAGAACUAAUCAGACGACAGGAAACAAAGAUACAGAAUUUAGUAUGGAUAACACUGGAGAACCAACAACAGACCUUCGCAAGGAGCUGGAGACCUUGCGGACCCUAGUACAGACACAGGCUGCAGAAAUCAGCCAGCUUCAGUCCAAGAAGCAAGAGCUGGAGAAGCAACCUGUAACUGUGACUGGGGCAGGAUCAGGAGAUGUUGACAAUGCUUCUGCAUUAUCGAGGAUUACACAGAUGGAAAACAGAGUAUCAGCUUUGGAUGAUGAAAAUCAAAAGUUAAAGAGCCAAAUUAAGGGCUUGACCGAGGAGAAGAAUUCCCUGGAUCAACAGCUAACUUCGGUAAAUAGUACAGUAGUCAUUCUUCAGACUGACAAGAGCAAACUCCAGCAAGAGGUGAUGGAAUCAAAGAAAGAGCAGGAUGAUCUAUUGGUGCUGCUUGCAGACCAGGACCAGAAAAUCUUCACACUGAAAAACAAACUGAAAGAGCUUGGGGAACCGGUUGAAGAUGAAGAUGACAUGGAGUCUGGUGACCAAGAUGAUGAUGAUGACGAAGAUGACGUGAACUAGUUGAAUCUCACUUGCAUGCAGGCAAACCAGAUCAGACUGCCUACGUUGCUACCCUCUGUGGCACAAGUGAAUGAACAAGGACCAAGGACCGUCAAGGAUGGCACUGGCCAAUCUAGCAAGACUUUUCCAGAGUAUCCGUCGGCUGAAUGAUUGUGGGGAUUCUGUACCAUGCGUGUCAUUGAACACACAACCCUGGCAUGAGUAGGGUCUUUUAAAUUGGGCGAUAACCUCCGGAAAUAUUGUAAUCUUACCAUGCAAUUAAAUCACAACU